AUGUAGGAUCAAUAAAAAUAAGAUAUCCCUCAUAAAAAAUUUUCUAAAAAAAGGGUCUAAUAACUUAGUACUAUUAUAGAGAAUGGGGAAAGCUAUAUGGCUAGUCCACAUCCAAAAAGCUAUGGUUUAUAAGAAAUAGAUAGUACUCCUAGCAGCAGAAUAGAUACAUUAAAAUAAGAUAAUGAUAAUCAACAAUAAAGAGCAAAUUAGAUAAAUAAAUAAAGAUUUAACUCAGUAAAAAAGAAAAUAUCAAGGUUUUCUGAUAAAAUAGAAGAAGAGUCUGUUUAAAGCUAAACCGAUAAGAAAGAAGUAUAAGAAUUACCUGCAAAGGAGCAUGAAAUAGAUAAAGAAAAAACUAAUAUCAAAUCUAAUUAAGCUAACUCUCAAACUAAAAAAAAAUAGUAAAAAAGAAAGGAAUCAAACUGCAGUAGCGAAAAUCAAAAAAAAUCAGAGAGUUAAAAAAAAAGUGAGAAAAUAAUUUUUAGUGCUAAAGAAGAUGAAAUGAUUAAAAAUAUUAAGAUCAGUUUAACUAAUAUUCCCAUCGAUAUAGAUUUGGAAAGUUAAAAAGAAAAUAAGCCAGAAGCAAUCAUCAUAAAUGAAUAUGAUACUACUUUAAAUAUUUUAAAGUUCUUUUUGGAUAAAAAAAUUAGAUUAUAAGAGAAACUACUCUUUUUUGUUUCAGUAAGCUUGAUAAUUGCUGAUAUGGGAGCCAGCAUCCAUGGUUUUUACUUGUUUGCUAGUACUUCUUGCUUUGGACAUGAAUCUGAUAUGGAAUUUAGCGAUGUUAUUAAUAUUAUUUUCUCAGUAAUUUUAAAAUUCUGCUGUAUAAAUAUUAUUAUGUAAGAAAUUACAAAUAGCUUACCUGGUAAUAUGAAAUUGCCAUAUUUAAUACCACUAUGUAUUAUGGGUGUAGUCCCUUGUUUAUAGCUAAACUAAUUUGUUUUUAGUUUUACCUAGUGUAAAUAGCUAAACCCGAUUAUUUCUUAUGGUGUAGCAAAAUAAAUAACUAAUGUUCUUUGCUAUAUUUUUAUCUCAAUAAUAGGAAUGAUUUGCAUAUUAAUUAUGAUUAUAAGAAUAGAAAUUACAAGGUAAACAUGGAAAAGGUUAAAAAAUAUAGGUUUUUAUGUAUUAGUAGGAGGCUUUUUACUCAGUAUGAUUUUUAUAUUUAUUUUUGCUAGUGUUGUUUAAUCCAAUCAAUAAUUUGUUCUAUUUUUAUGCCUAGACAAUAUUACUUUUUGGGUUUUCUUUUUCAUUUGUUCAUUUUACUCUGUAAGAAAACUUUACUACAAAUUAGAGCCUUUUCCUUAUUAACCUUAAUUUAGCUAGCAAGUCAAUAGUUAAGUUCAGCUCUAUGCUCAUGAAGAGGAACUAGAAAGCUAAAGGCUAACUUAAGAAAGUAAAUAAAAAAAAAGUCUACCAAAUAAAAUUAAAAAGAAGAAAGUAUUUAAGGAAGAUUAAAUCAAUAUACUCCCAAUAAUUAAUAAUUAGUAAAAGUAAUAAUAAGAUCAAUAAUAAGCUCAGAAUAUUUUACAAAAAUUAAAAAAGAAAAAGAAAAAAAUAAUGUUUUCACCUUAAAAUAAUAUAGAUUUAGAAAGCUAGUAAAAAACUUAGCAAUUUUCAUUUCACUCAAUACUAAAAUAAGAACAGCACUAGGGAUCUGCUGAUUCUGUAGAUAGUCAAUCUAAAAUGGUCAGUAGUUUAGAGAAAUCACCAGUUAAAUAGUAAGAUGAUUAAUCUUAACCAGAAUUUCAUUAAGAUGAUGCAACAACUUCUUCAGUUUCAAAUGUAGGAAGGCCAAAGAAGCUUUCAAAAUUUAGAAAGAACAAUACACAAAAUCCACCUUCAGUUGGUUUUUUAAUAGCAGAUGAAUAAAAUAUCGAUGAAAAUUCUUUACCUUGUUCAAAAACAUCAUUUCAUAAAAAAGAUAAUUUAUCUAAUACAAGCAAAUCAAGUUUAAAAGAUGAAUAAUUCGCAGCUAGCUAAAAUAACUCAUAAAAAUCUUUUGGAAUUAUAGUUAAUUAAGAUUAAAGUUAAAGAUAGCAUAAAUCAUUAAAUGAAUUUUAAAAAAAGGAUAUGGAGUUGUCUUAACUUAAUAAAUAAUUAACUCCAAACUCUAAUAAUCACUUUUAUUAUCCUGACAGUUAUGGAGGCUAGUCAAAAGAUACUGACCAAAUAUCUGACAUGCCAAGAGUUAGAAGUUUAAAUAAAUUAGAUGAAGACUAAGAGUUGGCAGAGAAUUAAAUUAGAAAAAACAGUCUUCCUAAAUAUGAAAAUACUAAAAAAACCCAUUUUGAAGUUUAAAAGAAAUCAUUAUUUGAUAACCAUUUAAUAAAGUAAAAUAAUUGA